CAUGACUCGUUGUUGUUCCAUGCCGGAAUACCCUGAAUGGAACCUUGGGAUUGCCCUCCCAGGUUCCGUGGGGACGUGUUCUGGCCGACUUUUGCAAAAGCGAGGGUGUUCGCAGAUGUGCGGUCCCUUUGUGGCCAUGUUCAUACCCGUUGCUUCCAGCAUUCCUUCCAGAAAAAGGAGGCGGUUUCGGAUGUCCGGGUUGAGUGGUUGAGUGAAGGAGGGACCGGGCACAGAUUCAUACAGCUUGUUUGCGGCGUUUGAGUAGAUCGUAGCGUGGCCUCCAACAUCAAGUGAUUCAUCAUGGAGGACUUCAUGCCUUGGAGAAGAACAACGGAUUUUCUUUUCUCCCAAUCACUGUCUCAGUCAACAGCCUCCGUCCUCACUGUCUGUCAGCCCAAGGUUUGGACCAAUCCUUGGACUCGGAUGCCGACUGGUGUAAACCCUCGGUGAGUGCAAGGGCGCCCUCCGAGGCGGUGUGUGGCCUCAUACGUGCGGAGUGGCUCGAGAACCGCUACAGUGGCCUUUUUCAGAAGGCAGACUAUGGCUUGGCACGCUUAUCCAUGAUGCGGCCUUACCGGCCCGAUGCCUGGCACUUUAUGCCCUCGAGUCUCUUCGGUGAGAGCCUGGACCACGGUCCAUGUGCUCCGGCCAUGGCGUUGAAAUUCUUCCGCGGUGGCCAGGCUCCGAGCGGGAACCUGCUGCUCGUGGGUCAGCCCUCCUCCAUCGAAAAGGACGGAGUGGGGCAAUGCCUUUGCAGCCAAAGUGCGCAGGUUGGUUGUGAUGGAGCCGAUUCCAAUCCCCUACUCUCACGGCAUUCCGUCUGGCCGCAUGCCACCGGCUUGAGUGCCUUUGCCGCUUUGGGGCAGGACGGGCGAGAAACCCGUGGAGGCUUAAACGGCGAGGUGGUGGAGUGCCCCUGGGCCUUGAUCUUGCAGCCGGUGGGCCAUAUGCCAGAGGCCCCAAAGCCUCGCAGUUCGCGAUCCGGACCGGCACCGCCAUUGCAGCAAAUGUUGCAAACGCCGCCGGGAACCGUUCUGUACGAGGUCUAUGCUUGUCCAUCACCUGGGGCCGCCUUUGAGUCCGGCUGGUUGCAGCUCAUUGGCCGGAUCAUUUCAGCCUCCAAGUUCAUCCUCGAACCGAUCUCCGAGAAUUUGCAUCAAUUGCGCUUCCGACACCAGAAGAAGGAGGAGGAUUACGUGCUUCGGCCGGAAUGGCUGCAGGAGCUGAAUCCUUCUCACAGCGCUUGUGGCAGUGAGCAUUUCACCCGGCUCUUGGAGCGACAGCAGCGGACCUUCGAUGGUCAGGGCGGUGCCUUUGUGGCCGACGCGCUGCCCUCCAGCAGGUGGGUUUGGAGCGCCGGGAUGAAGGCACAGCAAGGUCUCAGCAGCUUCCCCCGCAGCAUCUCCACGUCGGCCACCGCCGAGAGUUGGAUGAGCUCACCGGCCAGCACCAGAUCCACCUCCAGGGACUCCUUGGCCGCAGCUUUGCGCCAGCGCGGGGGGAGGUGCAGCCCGUCACCACAAGCUGCCGUGAAAGAAGCUUCUCCCAAAGAGGUCAAAGCGUCAGGAGCCUCGAGUGGCUGGCCCACAAAUAUGGUGUUAGCUUUGCUCUUCUUCGUGUUGGCGCCCUGGCUACAGCCAGAGGCAGCAUCCUCAGAUGGGUCCCUGCGGACCUACGCGUUGGCCAUCCUCCUGGCAGUUUUCCUUGGCUACAGGAGCUGCUCGAAGCGGAAGCGAGACGAAGAGGAUGAGGACGAUCAAUGGGAGGACUGUUUUCAGGACACGCCUGCCCAUGAGAGCUCCCGGCGAAGCGAGCCUUGGAGACAGGAGUUCACUCGCGAGCCGGUCCUGGUGCGUGGAGUCUCAGCUCAUGAGCUGCUUCUCAACUGAGGGGGUAGUAGAAAAGCAGCGUCGCAGCUGGAGACGGGAUCGCGGCGGUGCCGGUGGGCGGAUUCCACCAAGUCUGAGAUCUGAGGCUGACUUUAG